AUGGAAUUACCAGAAUCUGGGGAAGUGCAGUACUGUUUCCAAUCAUAUAACUCAUCCUGUAUUAAGGAAGUGCGAUCUCCAGCUGUGUAUGUGGUGAUGUAUAUUUCUGCAGUGGCAGUGGUGAUGCUGACAGUGUGUGGAAACCUGGUGGUGAUUAUUUCUAUCUCUCACUUCAAGCAGCUCCACACACCAACCAACUUCCUCCUGCUCUCUCUGGCUGUGGCAGACUUACUAAUAGGACUAACCGUGAUGCCUUUCCGCUUAAGUGUGUUAAUAGAGACAUGCUGGUAUUUUGGAGAAACGUUUUGUACAAUUUACAAAACAGUUCAAUAUGUUUUCACAUCUGUGUCAAUUAAUAAUGUUGUAUGCGUCUCUAUUGAUCGUUAUUUUUCUGUUUGUUAUCCUUUCCUUUAUUCUACAAAAGUUAUAUUUUACAUAACACAGCCAGUUAUAUCAUUUAAUUGGUUAAUAUCUCUGUUAUACAAUUUGGCACUUGUUUAUUUUAAUGGAAAUAUUAGUGGUGAUGAACUCAAUACUUGUCUUGGAGACUGUUUGUUUGUGAUGAGUGAAGCCUGGGGAAUAGCUGAUUUAAUAUUUGUAUUUAUUCUGCCAUGUUCUAUAAUGAUUGUCCUCUAUGUGAAAAUUUUUGUAGUAGCUAGAAGACAUGCAAAAUUAAUCAAUACUGUUACAGCACAUGCUAAUUCUGCAAAUGAAAGACAAGGCAAAAUUCCUAAGAAAUCUGAAACAAAAGCUGCUAAAACAUUAGGGAUCGUAGUUGUUGUCUUUCUCCUGUGUUUGGUGCCAUAUUAUAUCUGCACACUAGUUUAUGAAAAAGUCAAUAUGUCUUCUUCUUCUGUACUUAUUAAUUGUCUUGUUUUGUUGGCCUGUUUUAAUUCUUGUCUCAAUCCCAUUAUUUACGCCCUGUUUUACUCCUGGUUUCAGAAAUCCGUGAAAUUGAUUGUAACACGGAAGAUAUUUAACCCAGCAUCAUCUUUGAUUAAUUUGUUCCCAGAAACCUUGUAA